AUGAAUGUUUUGACAGAAUGACUAUGACAUCUGUAUGCGUAUUCGUUGUGUUCGUGUUGCUUCUAGAACAACCCAAACUAGCAGUAUGUAAAACAAGCUCAGCAUGUACGGAUAAGAUGGAUUCUAUGAUGUUUCAGGUUUUCUGGGCUGGACUGAAAAGUUUGAAACAAGAGCCCAAUAAAAACGACGAUAAAGGAAGAGAAACUGGUGGUGCAAGUUACAUACAAUGGGGCAGAUCAACGUGUACUAGUAGAAAUUCUGAACUCGUUUACGACGGAUACACUGGUGGAUCGUCUUACACAAAAUCAGGAUCAGCAGUUAACCACCUAUGCCUUCCAAAACAACCACAAUGGGGAGCUUAUGACGAGAAAGUAAACAAUAAUGCUUUUGUUGGUGGAGUCGCUUUCCACCUCCACGAUAUCGACAUAAAAAAUUCCCUUUUUGACCACAGCAAAUAUGAUGGGUACAGUUUACCAUGUUCUGUCUGUCAUACCAAGACUGGGUCAUCAACAAUUAUGAUCCCUGGCCGUAAAGAUUGCAUAGGUGGUUGGAAAAAAGAGUAUACUGGGUACCUAAUGUCUGGGUGGCCUGGACAUGCAUCUGCAACGGAAUAUAUCUGUGUAGAUGCCGAUUCUGAGAAAUUAAAGAAAGCUUCAAACUGGACCGACAAGCGUAUGUUAUUCUCAGUUGCUGCCAAAUGUACCGAAAUACUUCCUUGUCCUCCAUAUGUUGAUGGACGGGAAAUGACCUGUGUCGUAUGCUCACAAUAA